AUGAACGAUGAAGGCUCCGAUCCAGAGGUCCCAAAUAAUAACGCAGUCGAAGGAAAGGAUGUUGCCGAAAAUGCAUCAUCCUCAACAACAACUGAAGUUGAGGCGGUCGUCAGGCCCCGUAAACCGGCUGUGCUGGCAAGCUUGAGCAUACUCGAGCCAUGGAAAGAGUUCUUGAUCGCGCACUUUUCCGAAUCCAUCGCGCCUGAGAUGGUUGUCAUUGAUGACUGCUUCAACGGUUGGCGGCAUCUGGUUCUUCCUCUUGCAUGGACCAACGAAAUGAUAAUGGACUCUGUGCUAGCUGUGUCAGCCUUUCAUAUUGCCGGAAAAGCUGCUAUUCAGUCUGAAUUUGACCCGUACCGGCUUUAUACGCGGGCAAUUCAUCAACUGUUGAAUCGAAAAGAUCUGGUGGACUGGGACAAGGAAACGAGACAGUUUGUCAUUCUCGCAAUCAUGGUUCUUCUUGUUUCUGUGAUGGUCAACGGGUUAUCGGAUUUCCCUAUCGUCUUUCAAAUGUUAGAAUCGGCCAUCGAUGCAGUCGGAGGAGAGGAUGUGAUAAAGAACGGUGCGGAAAUGGGCGGGUUUCUCCUGCGGCAGAUUCAUAAGAUGAGAGUCUAUGCUGCACCGCUACUAAGCCAGGAAUCUGGAGUCGAUGCCAUCAUGUAUCAUGGGAAGGAAAGCUUCGAUUGUCUGUACUACUACCACAGCUUAUACCCUGAUUACUGUUCUACGUUCGACCACUUGGCGGACCUUCGCCAGCAGGCGUUCAAUAUCUACCUGAACCGCGCUUUGGGAGAUAGUAUCAUGGGAGAAUCUUCGGCAGAACUAAUUAACUCGUACCAGAAAGGUCUAGAAUCUUUACCUGACGGGUCUGUUGGCGAACAUUGCCUUGUCUGGCCGACCUUCAUUGCCGCUCUGGAAUGCCGCAAUCACGAGCAACAGUCAUUCUUUGAACAGUUCUUGCUACGGCAAUAUCAUCGUAACCAGUUUUUGAACAUACUGAAGGCCUUAGAGUUAUUGAGAAGUGUCUGGGACCAGACCGGACGUGGGAGCGAGACGAAUUGGCCAGCACUGAUUCCGAGUAUGCGGGUUUUCAUCAUGUAA